AUGCAGGAAAAUUACGGUAUUUUUAAUAGUACAAGACCACCCGAUUUUCUUCAACGAAAACGAGAUUCAACAACGUUGAUAAUUUACUUUGAUAGUAAAGAUAAGAUAUCUAAUAAACCUCGAACUUAUCAUUGUCCAGUGCCACCAAUAAUUACAGUUAUUGCGUCAAAAUUGAAUUCAGCCACUGAACCACUAAUAACCCCACCCACCCCUUUCCAGUUUCAACCACGACCCUCGCCAACACCAUCAACCAAUUCCAGCACCAAACAACGUCCCAAAAGUUUCUUUCAACGUUUUAAUGAUCCAGAUUCUCCAGAUAAUGAAUCGUUCAAACGUGUUGCACGUUAUCAAGCACGACCUGCAGAAUCAGUUGAUAUUAUACUUCCAUCCGCUGUCACAUUCGAUAAUGAUGGUGUAUUUAGUUCGUCACCGUCGACAGGAGAAGAACCAAAACUUCGUCGACGGUUUACAUUUCGACGAAGUUUAAAGCAAAAAGCAACAAAUCCGUUAAACAAAGAGCACGAAAAAUUAAGAUUAUCGUUUACAAAAGAAACAUUUGUCAGUUUCGACGUUGAUGGUCCACGAAAUGGUUCUGGUUCGCGUGAUAGUACAUCGGUCGGUCAGGGAGGAGGUGGAAAAAGUGGAACUGGACAAAAUAGUGGAUCCGGUACAAUACAUAGACGUGAAUCAUUCUUAUAUAAAUGUGAUAGUGAUAAUGAUUUAUCGCCGAAAGGAAUAUCAAGAAAUCCAUCUAUUGGAAGUGAACUGUAA